AUGACACAAGGGGAAAAUAAACGAUUGAAGAAGCCAUUUGAGGGAGAGGUGUUUGUGUUCACUGGAACAAUGAAGAUGGAGAGAGACGAGGCUACAAUGAAGGUGAUUGAACUAGGCGGAAGAUGCACGAAGGCACUAAGUGGGAAGACGACGUGUUUGGUUACAGGAGAUGAGCCAGGCCCAUCAAAGGUGAAAAAGGCAGAAAAACUGGGAAUUAGGGUAGAAGACGAGGAACAGUUCAUGAGAAGACUUCAUACCGCAAUGGGUAAAUUGGAGACCAAGAUAGAGCCAGAAAAGGAUGCAUAUGCGUCCAUAGAGAAGAUUGAAAUUGGGGUGAAUGAAGAGAGUGAAUUUGACUUCAGUAUAAAGAGUGAAACAGGGGCAGAGACAAAACAGGCUGAAUUUGUGAAUUGGGCUGAAAAAUACAGGCCACAGAAAUCAAGUGAAAUCAUUGGAAAUCCAACAGCAAUUGGAGAAGUAAGAGACUUUCUGGAGAGUGGAAGUAGUGAGGCGUUAUUUAUUAGCGGGAGUCCAGGAUUGGGCAAGACUACCACUGUGCAUGUGCUAUGCAACGAGUUGGGGAUAUCAAUGAUUGAAUUCAAUGGAAGUGAUCUGAGAAACAAGAAGGGCCUGGAUAAAAAUGUACGAAGCAAGUUGGAAGGUGGAUCAGUGCUAGGGAUUCAGAGGGUGAUUGUGAUGGAUGAGGUGGAUGGGAUGUCAUCAGAUCGAGGUGGAAUAGCAGAAUUGAUCAAAAUAGUCAAGGAGAGUUCAAUACCAAUCAUAUGCAUUGCAAAUGAUCGGACACAUCCGAAACUGCGUACUUUGAUGAGCCAUUGCAACGAAGUGAAGUUCAGGAAGCCAGUCAUCUCAUCGGUGCUGCCCAGGUUGAAAUCAAUUUUGAAAACAGAGGGGAAAUAUCUGCCUGAAAAUGUGUUAACUGAAAUAGUAUUAGGAUGCAAUCAGGAUAUUCGAUAUGUCAUAAACACAAUGCAGAAGAACUGUGACAUCAAGGAUGUGCGUCAACUGAUCAUAGACAAGAAAGAUGUGGCAAGAAACACCUUUGAAUUAGCAAGUGAAAUAUUCAAGAGGAUGCCAGUCAACAGAAAGAUUGAUCUAUUUUUUGAAGACUACCACUCUUUGUCCAUGGACGAUACAACAAGGCUGAUACGUUUGAAUACGGUAGAAUGA